UAAUAAGUCUGAAUUAAUUUAUCUCCAUUUACUACGUUUUGUCCAAAUAACCAGAGCCAAUAUGGCAGUACUUGAGUUCCUAUCACUACCACUACUAGUCUUACUUCCAUUGGCCUUUAUGGUCAUAAUUCCCAAUGUCUUCCACCAUCGUCGCCGCCACCUUCCUCCAAGCCCUAUCGCCAUGCCGCUCAUCGGACACUUCCACCUCCUCAGCCCCGUCCUCCACGCCUCCUUCCGAGACCUCUCUCUUCGGUGGGGCCCUAUUUACUCCAUCCGCCUCGGCGCCCUCCCUUGCGUCGUGGUCUCCUCGCCGGAACUCGGCAGGGAGUUACUGAUGACCAACGAGCUCUCCUUCACCUCCCGCAUCGAGGCCUUUGCCAUAUCCCGCCUCACCUAUGCGACCUCCACGGCCUUCAACCCCUACGACGCCACCUUUAAGUUCAUCCACAGGCUCACCAUGAACGAGUUCCUCGGUAACCGCCCCGUCAGCGCCCACGCCCCGCUCCGCGCCCGCGAGCUCCGGCGCUUCUUGCGCGUCCUCGCCGAGAAGUCCGAGCGCGGUGAAGCCUCCAACCUGACGGAAGAGCUGCAGAAUCUGACGUACGCCGUGAUCUUACAGAUGGUUUGCGGCGUUGACAGAAGCCUAGUGGAGGAUCCGGAGGCCAAGACGGCGGUGUAUGGGAUGCUUACGAUAUUCGGAAACUUCAGCGUGUCGGACUUCGUUUGGAUUCUGAGGUGGUUGGAUUUGCAAGGGUCUUGGAAGCGGACGGAGAAGAUUUUCCGCAAGUUUGAUGUGUUAAUGGAGACGGUUCUUGUAGAACGUGAAGAGCUGAGGAGAAAGCAAAAGGAGGUGGGGAAGGAGCUGGGCGUCAAAGACGGAAAUUUUCUGGACAUUUUGCUUGAUCAUUUGGAGGUUCACAAAGACGAGAAUGUGCAGUUCAACAGACCUCGCGUGAAAGGCUUGAUUAUAGACUUGAUCUUAGCCGGUUUAGAAACAACCGCUGCUACAGUCGAAUGGAUGCUGUCGGAGCUUAUCAACAAUCCAACGGUGCUCGAGAAAGCACGUCAGGAGAUUGACCGUGUUGUUGGACAAACUCGGUUAGUCAACGAAUCGGAUGGUCCAAAUCUUCCAUACAUGCAAGCCAUCAUAAAAGAAGUGCUUCGGCUACACCCAGUGUCCCCCGUGAUCACAAGAAAAUGCGUGAAAGAACAUAAAGUGGGAAAGUACGUAAUUCCAGUAGACACCAUUCUGUUCGUCAACAAUUGGUCCAUUUCAAGGGAUCCAAACUAUUGGGAAAGCCCACUAGAGUUUCGGCCGGAGCGGUUCUUACAAGUCCGCAAAGAAGGAUCAAAGACCGGCACAGAUAUAAAGGGACAACACUUUGAACUUUUGCCAUUUGGGACUGGCAGGAGGAUGUGCCCUGGAAUGAACUUCUCACUACAAAUGUUACCGAUCGUUGCAGCUACCAUAAUCCAGUGUUUUGAUUUGAAGAUUGUUGACUCACUUGGCAAUAAAAGUGAUGGCCACGGUUCCACUGUGAAUAUGGAAGAAGGGCCAGGAACUAUAGUCCCAAAACUUCAUCAGCUUGUUUGUGUUCCAGUUGCUCGCCUCAAUCCACUUUCUGUUAUCCUUGAACCUGAGUUAUAGAAUAUUACUACU